AUGGAUGCAGUAGAAAAGAGAGUCCAUACAUUUGUGCGAGUCAAGCCAACAGCUGAUUUUGCUCAAGACAUGAUCAAGUUUGGGCCAGACAACAAGAGCAUAGAUAUAUACAUCAAAAAAGAUGCCAAGAAAGGAGUUGUGAAUAACAGGCAGACUGACUGGUCCUUCAGGCUGGAUGGCGUCCUUCACAAUACCUCCCAGGAACUGGCUUACGAGACGGUGGCUAAGAAAUUGGUGUCCGACGCUUUAAUUGGCUACAAUGGGACGAUCAUGUGCUAUGGGCAAACGGGGGCUGGUAAAACUUACACGAUGACGGGAGCAACUGCCGAGUACAAGCAUCGAGGAAUCAUACCCCGAGCUAUCCAGCAGGUCUUCAAAGCAACUGCAGAUUCUGUUGAUCCGUCCGUCACUGUCCGAAUAUCCUACCUGGAAAUCUACAACGAGACCUUGUCUGACCUUCUGUCCACCGUGACAAGCAAUGGGACCGCCGACACGCAGAUGGCUGUAGUGGAUUGCCCACAGGGUGUUUAUGUGAAGGGCUUAUCUAUACAUUCAGUUAGCCACGAGGAAGAUGCUCUGAAUCUCCUUUUUGAGGGUGAGACCAACAGAGUGAUAGCAGAGCACACACUGAAUAAAAACUCAUCCAGAUCCCAUUGCAUCUUUACUAUUUAUAUUGAGUCUCGUUUCAGAGUUUUCUCAGAUGUCAAAUGCGUUCACUCUAAAAUCAACUUAAUAGAUCUGGCAGGCUCAGAGAGACUGAGCAAGACUGGAUCGGAAGGACAGGUUCUGAAAGAAGCCACGUACAUCAACAAGUCUCUGUCGUUCCUUGAGCAAAUCAUCAUUGCCCUGGCUGAUCCUAAGAGGGACCACAUCCCCUUCCGGCGGAGCAAGCUAACUCACGUCCUCAAGGACUCGCUGGGGGGAAACUGCAAUACCGUCCUCGUGGCAAAUAUCUGUGGGGAAGCUGUGCAUGUGGAGGAGACUUUGUCUUCUCUUCGUUUUGCUACCAGAAUGAAAUGGAUCACGACAGAGCCAGUCAUCAAUGAGACAUACGACCGAGAGGGGACAGUGAAGGCUUUGGAGAAGGAGAUUGUUCUUCUGAAGCAGGAGCUGGCCAUGCAUGACAGCUUGGUAAAUCGUUCUUUGGUGACUUAUGACCCUCUGACUGACACCCAGAUGGCAGAGAUUAAGUCUCAAGUCCAUAAAUACCUAAAAGGAGCCAUUGAUGAAAUUGAUAUAGUGAACAUCAGGCAAGUCCAGGAGGUGUUUAAGCAGUUCAAACUGAUUGUAAGUCAACAGGAGCACGAAGUGGAGGCCAGAUUACGAAGCAAGUACGCUCUGAUAGACAAAAAUGACUUUGCUGCUGUUGCUGCUCUUCAGAAGGCAGGUGUGGUUGAUGUGGAUCGCCAUUUGGUGCAGGAAGAGGAUGGACGGGAUUUUGGGACUAGAACUACUCCUUUUUCAUCCGGACGUGGUGGGAAGAAGAAAUCCAGGAAAAGCAACGAGCAGCUCAAAGCAUCUGCUUGGAAGGAAGAAAUCGGGAGCCCUCUUUCUGGGAAAGAUCUGGAUGGUUUUUUACCAUCAAAAAGUCAGGUAAUAAUUUCCACCAAGGAUCUGGAUGUGAAAGAGGGAGCAAGGAACCAGGAUACAGCAAAUAUUGAUGCAGAGCUCUCAAAGCCAGCUCCCGUGGAAGAUUCCCAGCGGCCCAGCUCCCCUCCAUCCAAACCAGCGGCAUUUGAGCAGUUUAAGGAGGAGUGCGGAAGUGAGAUCAGCCGGAUCUUUAAAGAGAACAAAAGCAUCCUCCUUGCCAGGAAGAAGAGAAGCAGUACAGUAGCACAGAGGAUCAACUUCAUCAAGCGUGAGAUGGAGGGCAUCAAACAGGCUCUGGAGGCUCAGAAGCAGGAGCGGUGGCAGCAGGGAGAGUAUGUUGAUGAGAAAGGACAGAUCAUAAUUGAUGAGAAGGAGUUUUUACUCAUCAUGAAGCUGAAAGACCUGAAGGAAGAGUACAGGUCUGGUUAUGCUGAACUGCAGGACCUGAAGGCAGAAAUCCAGUACUGCCAGCAUCUGGUGGACCAGUGCCGGAACAAACUCAUCUCAGAGUUUGAGAUCUGGUACAGCGAGUCCUUCCUUAUCCCCAAGGAUGUGCAGGAAGCUCUGAAGCCCGGUGGCAACAUCAGACCUGGAAUGAUUCCCAUAAACAGAGUCAUGUGCCUGGAGGAAGAUGAACAGGAGAGGUUUGAGCGGAUGCAGGAGACCAUGCUGCCGGCCUGCCCAGCUUCAGUCUCCUUCUACAAGGCGAAAAUGAAGACUGAUCAAAAGCACACGUACACCAGAACCAUGUCGUCCCUCGAGCAAAUGCGCAAGAAACCCGGGCUCAUCACGGCUGCUGGGAAGAAUAAACCCCUCUCGUUUCUGCAUGUCAUGUAGCAGAUUGGGGCUCAGCCUGGAACCCAGCGUUCAAUAAGCAACGUCACCUCAAAGUGCCUUGCGUUCAUGUCCACAAUAGAUUUAUCAAAAAUAAACAAUAGGGAAAA